UCCAUAAAUGCUCCGCAGUUGCCUGUCAGGAGGUUCAGUACAAUUAGAAGCUGCUCCAAGUAAGUUGAAGCAAUGAGCCAACUAAAGGGAAUCGUCUUCAUUUCUUUACUCUGUGUGCUGAGUGCACAGGCUGCCGAUUGGACGGAUAUUUGUGCCUUUGAAGACGAUGGCACUCGUUUACCUUUGCCCCUCGAUUGCAAGCGCUAUGUGCUUUGCUCGGAUCGUGAAAUUGCCGCCAUACGCAGUUGUCCACGUGGCCUGCACUUCAAUAACAAGCUGGGUGAAUGUGAUUUCCAAUGGCGUGCAGACUGCAGUGGACUCUCGCUUUAUGCCAAUGCCGAUAGCGAUGAGGAUUGUGUGUGUAGUUGCUGUGCUGAUGAGUGUCAGGCGAGUGAUCUGAUUGAGGCCACAACUCCUUGUCUGCCCGUGGAGGAGACUACAGUCAAUACGGAGACAACACCCGCAGACAACACCGACAGCACAUUCGAUGAGGGAGAGGACACCACAGGAGCUCCUAACACAGACUCCACUUCUAGACCUACCACAGAUUCAACUACCUCUAGACCUACAACAGAUUCAACAACUUCUAACACAGGUUCUACCUCAAGACCAACCACAGACUCAACUACCUCAAGGCCAACCACAGACUCAACUACCUCAAGACCAACCACAGACUCAACUACUCCAAGUGGCUCGUCCACCAGCAGCCCCAUAGUGCCCUCCUACUGCAGCGACAAGCGUCCCAAUUGUGCCAAUGAAUUGGACGGCACCCGAGUGCCCAUUGAUGGCGUCUGCACUAGCUAUUUGCAAUGCAGUCACGGCUGUAGCUACGAACAGCCAUGUCCCAGUGGCCUGUACUUUGAUCCUGAUACCGAAAUGUGCGACUACUUCUGGAAUGUGGACUGUGUGCCCAACGACACUGAGGAUGCAACUGGAGGCGAAAUCGCCGGACCCUCUGGCACCACUUGCACUGAUCAGAGUGUUUGCGCUGGUCAACGCGAUGGCCGAAUGUUUGCCAAUAACGAGACAAAUGGUUACUUUGUUUGCCAGUGUCAAUGUCCAAUUGCCAUGCCCUGUGAUGACAACACAAAGUUCAAUGAGGAGGCGCAGGUUUGUGAUUGGGAUCGCACUUCUUCUGCUACGGCAAAUGUUAUCUGUCCCGAUGGUUUGGUCUACAAUGCGACAUCGGAUCAGUGCGAUUAUCCCGAAGGUUAUGUACCGGAAGUUGUGUGCGAUAAUGAUGCCACCGUGUGUCAGAACCAAACAGAAGGCGCUCUAUUCCCUAUUGAGGGUGUUUGCAACAAGUUCUACAAGUGCAACUUCAAUUGUGCCGUAGAACAAUCUUGUCCCAACAAUUUGCUCUAUGAUUCUGUGAAAGAACUUUGCGAUUAUCCGCAGAAUGUGGACUGCGAGUGGCCUUAUACCCCACCGUCGGGACCCACUGCUGGACCCUCGGGUAUUUCCUGUGAGAGCAAUGGUCGUUGUCUCGGUGAACGCGAGGGCGUAUUUUUCCCCCUCCUUGACCAGCUGCAGUGGCUAUAUUGUCUGUCAGUGCGAGUGCGAGUCCUCCUGAUGUGUCUCCUGUGCUGGCAGAUCACCGAAACCCUGACUGCCAACUGCUGUCAGGAAGGAGCAACCCAAACAAACCCCCUCGAUUGCACCCAGUACUAUGUUUGCUCUGGUGGAGUCCUCGUUUCCCAGUCCUGUCCCAGUGGAGACUAUUGGAAUGCGGGUACCUGUGAGCAGAACAAUGGUCAAUGUUGUCCUGGCAGCUGCAGCGGUGAUGAACUCCAGGUGGAUCCCCAGAAUUGUGCUGCCUACUAUCAGUGUGUGAAUGGACAGAUUGUGAAUCAGAAAUGCGCCACAGGAACUUAUUUCGAUACCUCAAUCAAGGCCUGUGUGGUCGACAGUGAAGCCUCCUUCCUGCUGAUUGCCAUCUCGUUGGCCACUCGUGCGACAGCUGAAGAUUGCUGUGAGCCCGGAGAUGUUAAGCUGGAUCCCGAUGAUUGCACCAAGUACUUCGUUUGCUGCACUGGCAAAUUCAAGCCGAUGUCCUGUCCCAGCGGUGAAUAUUGGAAUGCCGGUGCAGGUCAAUGUGAAAUCGACAAUGGUGAGUGCAACUGUAAUGGCCAAACCUGCAUCGAGGGUGACAUUAUCACCGAUGCCAACAACUGCAGCAACUUCAAGAUCUGUGUAAAUGGCAAGUAUCAGUCCGAACCCUGUCCCAGUGGAGAGUACUGGAACUCGGCCGCCCACGAAUGCCAGCUGGAUGAAGGUCAAUGCGUUGGCACAACAACGCCGCCAGUCUGCGUAGAUGGCGAGGUCAAGGAGAAUGAGGCCAACUGCGCUGGCUACUACAACUGCACAAAUGGCCAAUGGGUGGGGCAUCUGUGUAAUGCUGGCAAAUACUGGAACGUCCAGGCUAAGGAGUGUCAGAAGGAUGAGGGUCAAUGCAAUGGCGGCUCAGAGUGUGAAGAUGGCGAUGUUAAGGAAAAUGAAGACAAUUGCGCUGGCUAUUAUAACUGUAUCAAUGGCACAUAUGUGCCACAGCUUUGUGCCGCAGGACUAUACUGGAGUGUGGAAGCCAAGACCUGUGUCGUCGACAAUGGCGAAUGCAAUGGCCCGCCAGGUCCCAGUUGUGACGAUGGCACUGUUGUCGUGAAUCCUUCCAAUUGCUCUGGUUUCUACAACUGCACCAACGGUAAAUUUGUGUUCCAACUUUGCGGAUCAGGACUCUACUGGAACAACACGAUCCAAGAGUGCGAAAAGGACGAAGGACAAUGUGUUGGCACCCCAUCUCCCGUGUGUGAAGAAGGUGCACUUAAGGUCGAUGACGACAACUGUGCUGGUUACUUGCAGUGCAUUAAUAAUUCCUGGGUGAACAAAGACUGCGCGGCUCAAAGCUACUUCGAUAAAGAACUGCUGACGUGUGUCAUCGAUAGCGACGGUGUUUGUGUCUGUGCCGAUGGAGAUCUUAAGGUGAAUACCGCGAACUGCACUGGUUACUACAACUGCACCAAUGGCAAAUACGUUGCGCAAUUCUGCGCAUCAGGACUUUACUGGAAUGCCGAUGACAAGCAGUGCCAGAAGGAUGAGGGACAAUGCAAUCCCACACCAUCUCCCGUAUGUGUAGAGGGCUCUCUCAAGGUCGAUGACGACAACUGUGCUGGUUACUGGCAGUGCACCAACAAUUCGUGGGUGACUAAAGAGUGUGGAACUGGUAACUACUUCGACAAAGAUCUUCUGGCGUGUGUGGUGGACAGCGAUGGUGUUUGUGUACCCACACCAUCUCCCGUAUGUGUAGAGGGCUCUCUCAAGGUCGAUGACGACAACUGUGCUGGUUACUUGCAAUGCACCAACAAUUCGUGGGUGACUAAAGAGUGUGGAACUGGUAACUACUUCGACAAGGAUCUUCUGGCUUGUGUUGUGGACAGCGAUGGUGUUUGUGUACCCACACCAUCUCCCGAGUGUGUCGAGGGAUCUCUUAAGGUCGAUGACGACAACUGUGCUGGUUACUGGCAGUGCACCAACAAUUCGUGGGUGACUAAAGAGUGUGGAACUGGUAACUACUUCGACAAAGAUCUUCUGGCGUGUGUGGUGGACAGCGAUGGUGUUUGUGUACCCACACCAUCUCCCGAGUGUGUCGAGGGCUCUCUCAAGGUCGAUGACGACAACUGUGCUGGUUACUUGCAAUGCACCAACAAUUCGUGGGUGACUAAAGAGUGUGGAACUGGUAACUACUUCGACAAGGAUCUGUUGGCUUGUGUGGUGGACAGCGAUGGUGUUUGUGUACCCACACCAUCUCCCGAGUGUGUCGAGGGAUCUCUUAAGGUCGAUGACAGCAACUGUGCUGGUUACUUGCAAUGCACCAACAAUUCGUGGGUGACUAAAGAGUGUGGAACUGGUAACUACUUCGACAAGGAUCUGUUGGCUUGUGUUGUGGACAGCGAUGGUGUUUGUGUACCCAAGGAAUGUGUCGACGGAGAUGUUAAGGAAAAUACCGAGAACUGCGCUGGUUUCUACAACUGCACCAACGGUCAAUACGUGGCUCAACUCUGCGGAUCGGGACUUUACUGGAAUGCUGCCGACAAGCAGUGCCAGAAGGAUGAAGGACAAUGCAACCCUACACCAUCUCCGGUGUGUGAGGAGGGCACACUUAAGGUGAAUGAAGCCAACUGUGCUGGUUACUUGCAGUGCGUGAACAACGCUUGGGUCGCAAGACUGUGUGCAUCUCAGAGCUACUUCAAUGCUGAUCUGUUGGCUUGUGUUGUGGAUACAGAUGGUGUUUGCGUUCCCAAGGUCUGCGAUCCCGAGUGCUGUGAUCGGCCCAAUGAUUGGUUGGGCUCCGUGGACAACAACUGUUCCGCAUUCAUACACUGUCUCUAUGGCAACAAAUUUGAGAUGAGAUGCCCCAAUAAUCUGCAGUUCAACAAUGUCACCAAGGAGUGCGAUUACCCCGAGAAUGUGCAGUGUGAGGAUGGCUCGGAACCUCCAAGUGGUCCCACUGCAGGUCCUUCGGGCACAUAUUGCGAAAGUAAGGGUCGUUGUGUUGGCCAGUCCGAUGGCACUAUGUUGGCUGAUGAGGAUGAAUGCAGCAGUUCCUAUAUCGUCUGCCAGUGCGAGUGCGCGAUCGACUUCAAGUGCAACGCCGGUCUGGUGUUUAACCAGAAGCUCAAAAACACGGGAGGGAGCUCGAACUCCACUCAUUGCUGUGCAGCACCAGGAAACCUUCAAAUAUAUACUUUGAACUUCAGCAAACUAUCCACAGCUAUGCGAAACGUAUAUGUCUUUACCAUACUACUUUUGGCCGUGUCUGCCACUAGUAUACUUGGUGCAAGCUUCGAGAGCCGACAAUAUCAGCAGGUGUUUUGUCGCGGUAAUGCCAAUGGCAUUCGGGCUUUAGUGCCAGGCAGCUGUUCCAAAUACUUCGAGUGCCAAAAUGGACAAGCAACGGAAUACUCUUGCCCCAAAUACUACGACUUUAAGACAAGAAGUUGCGUUGACUACAAUCCGGGCUGCACUGAAACCAAGUCUGUAGACGAAUCUCCACAGCCUAAGUCUGCAGACACUCCAUGUGCAGGAGCUACAACGACACCACCAUGUGUUACAACCCGUCCACCAUGCACCGGUGUUGCUACACCUACAACUCCCCCAACAACAACGCCUUCUGGUGAAACUCCAUGCGACAAAGAUACAACACCAACAACAACAACCACCACAACAACAACCACCACUACAACAACCACCACUACAACAACAACCACCACAACUACCACAACAACAACCACAACAACCACCACAACCACAACAACUACCACAACAACAACCACAACAACUACAACCACCACAACAACUACAACCACCACAACAACUACAACCACCACAACAACGACUACCACGACAACAACAACAUGUAGCACAUCAACAUCGACGACUACAACAACCACCACUACCACAACAACAACCACUACUACAACAACCACGACUACAACAACCACAACUACAACGACAACAACCACGACUACAACCACCACAACUACAACAACAACCACGACUACAACCACCACAACAACAACGACCACAACUACAACAACAUGUAGCACAUCAACAUCUACUACGACUACAACAACAACCACGACAACAACAACCACUACAACAACGACCACGACAACAACAACCACUACAACAACGACCACGACAACAACAACAACUACCACAACAACUACCACCACAACCACUACAACAACGACCACGACAACAACAACCACUACAACAACGACCACGACAACAACAACAACUACCACGACAACCACCACAACAACUACCACCACCACGACGACCACAACAACGACAACAUGUAGCACAUCAACAUCUACUACAACGACCACGACUACAACAACCACCACUACCACUACCACAACAACAACCACAACCACAACCACAACUACAACAACCACGACUACAACCACCACAACCACAACAACAACAACCACGACUACAACCACCACAACAACAACGACCACAACUACAACAACAUGUAGCACAUCAACAUCUACUACGACUACAACAACAACCACGACAACAACAACCACGACAACAACAACAACCACUACUACAACGACUACGACAACAACAACUACCACUACCACAACAACAACAACCACCACUACCACAACAACUACCACCACAACAACAACUACCACCACAACAACAACAACCACCACUACCACAACAACUACCACCACAACUACUACAACAACUACCACAACAACUACCACAACGACCACAACAACGACAACAUGUAGCACAUCAACAUCGACUACAACGACCACGACUACAACAACCACCACUACCACCACAACUACCACAACAACUACCACCACAACUACCACAACAACUACCACAACAACAAGUACCACGACAACAACAACCACCACUACCACAACAACCACCACAACAACUACCACAACAACUACCACAACAACGACAACAUGUAGCACAUCAACAUCGACUACAACGACCACGACAACAACAACCACCACUACCACGACAACAACAACGACCACUACCACAACAACCACCACAACAACCACCACAACAACUACCACUACAACUACAACCACAACGACAACUACCACAACGACAACUACCACAACGACAACGACCACGACUACAACAGCGUGUAACACUUCCACAUCUACUACAACGACCACCACAACUACAACGACCACAACAACAACCACUACCACCACAACCACAACUACCACAACAACAACCACUACAACGACGACUACAACAACCACCACCACGACAACAACAACAACAACCACUACAACGACAACUACAACAACAACCACUACAACGACAACUACAACAACCACUACAACAACCACAUGUAGUACAUCAACAUCGACAACAACCACAACAACAACAACCACUACAACGACAACCACUACCACGACAACGACAACUACAACAACAACCACUACAACGACGACUACAACAACCACCACCACGACAACAACAACAACAACCACUACAACGACAACUACAACAACAACCACUACAACAACCACAUGUAGUACAUCAACAUCGACUACGACCACAACAACAACAACCACUACAACGACAACCACUACCACGACAACAACAACAACCACUACAACGACAACUACAACAACAACCACUACAACGACAACUACAACAACCACUACAACAACCACAUGUAGUACAUCAACAUCGACAACAACCACUACAACGACAACAACUACUACGACUACAACUACGACAACAACGACCACCACCACCACGACCACUACUACCACGACGACCACAACAACUUGCAGUUCAUCAACUACAACCACAACAACAACAACAACCACCACCACAACAACGACAACAACAACCACCACGACGACAACUACUACCACUACCACCACAACAACAACUACGACUACAACAACUUGCAGUUCAUCAACUACAACCACCACAACGACAACUACUACCACUACCACUACCACCACAACAACAACUACGACAACAACGUGCAGUUCAUCUACUACAACCACCACCACGACCAAAGCAACAACAACUACGACAACAACGUGCAGUUCCUCAACAACAACCACCACCACGGCCAAAACAACACCAACUACGACAACAACGUGCAGUUCAUCAACUACAACCACCACCACGACCAAAGCAACAACAACUACGACAACAACGUGCAGUUCCUCAACAACAACCACCACCACGACCAAAGCAACAACAACUACGACAACAACAUGCAGUUCCUCAACAACAACCACUUUAGCACCAGUCACAACUCCCUGCGUCUCAACAACAGAAGCAACAACUCCUUGCGUCUCAACAACAGAAGCAACAACUCCCUGCGUCUCAACAGCAGAAGCAACAACUCCUUGCGUUUCAACAUCAGCAGCAACAACACCAUGCGAAGUAACCACGCAGGCCCCUUGUGUAUCAGGAUCUAAGGUUGCGAGCGCAUCGCAUAAGAAUCGUCAGCCCACUCGCCUUCGCCCCAACUUUCGCCCACUCCCAGAGGUGGCACAACUAGCUCAGAUGACUAAGGGAGCCACAGGCACAUCCAGUGACAUUCAUAUCCAAAUCGUAUGCGUUGGUAAACCCGAUGGUUUCCUAAUGGCUUCACCGGAGCGUUGCAAUGACUACUACAUUUGCCGUCACCAGCGGGCCCUGAAGGUUAGCUGCGGUGACAGAUACUUCAACGGACAGAAGGGCAUCUGUGAUCUGCCAGAGAAUACCGGAUGCGUUCAGUCCAACACGGGAGGGAGCUCGAACUCCACUCAUUGCUGUGCAGCACCAGGAAACCUUCAAAUAUAUACUUUGAACUUCAGCAAACUAUCCACAGCUAUGCGAAACGUAUAUGUCUUUACCAUACUACUUUUGGCCGUGUCUGCCACUAGUAUACUUGGUGCAAGCUUCGAGAGCCGACAAUAUCAGCAGGUGUUUUGUCGCGGUAAUGCCAAUGGCAUUCGAGCUUUAGUACCAGGCAGCUGUUCCAAAUACUUCGAGUGCCAAAAUGGACAAGCAACGGAAUACUCUUGCCCCAAAUACUACGACUUUAAGACAAGAAGUUGCGUUGACUACAAUCCGGGCUGCACUGAAACCAAGUCUGUAGACGAAUCUCCACAGCAUAAGUCUGCAGACACUCCAUGUGCAGGAGCUACAACGACACCACCAUGUGUUACAACCCGUCCACCAUGCACCGGUGUUGCUACACCUACAACUCCCCCAACAACAACGCCUUCUGGUGAAACUCCAUGCGACAAAGAUACAACACCAACAACAACAACCACCACUACAACAACAACCACAACAACAACCACCACAACAACAACCACCACUACAACAACCACCACAACAACAACCACCACUACAACAACCACCACAACAACAACCACCACAACUACCACAACAACAACCACCACAACUACCACAACAACAACCACCACAACAACAACUACCACAACAACCACAACAACCACCACAACCACAACAACUACAACCACCACAACAACUACAACCACCACAACAACGACUACCACGACAACAACAACAUGUAGCACAUCAACAUCGACGACUACAACAACCACCACUACCACAACAACAACCACAACUACAACAACCACGACUACAACAACCACAACUACAACGACAACAACCACGACUACAACCACCACAACUACAACAACAACCACGACUACAACCACCACUACAACAACGACCACGACAACAACAACCACUACAACAACGACCACGACAACAACAACAACUACCACAACAACUACCACCACAACCACUACAACAACGACCACGACAACAACUACAACAACAACUACCACGACAACCACCACAACAACUACCACCACCACGACGACCACAACAACGACAACAUGUAGCACAUCAACAUCUACUACAACGACCACGACUACAACAACCACCACUACCACUACCACAACAACAACCACAACUACAACAACCACGACUACAACCACCACAACUACAACGACAACAACCACGACUACAACAACCACGACUACAACCACCACAACUACAACGACAACAACCACGACUACAACAACGACCACGACAACAACAACAACCACGACAACAACAACCACUACAACAACAACAACAACUACCACAACAACUACCACCACAACCACUACAACAACGACCACAACAACUACCACCACCACGACGACCACAACAACGACAACAUGUAGCACAUCAACAUCUACUACAACGACCACGACUACAACCACCACAACCACAACGACAACAACCACGACUACAACCACCACAACUACAACAACAACAACCACGACUACAACCACCACAACAACAACGACCACAACUACAACAACAUGUAGCACAUCAACAUCUACUACGACUACAACAACAACCACUACUACAACGACUACGACAACAACAACUACCACUACCACGACAACAACAACCACCACUACCACAACAACUACCACCACAACUACCACAACAACUACCACAACAACUACCACAACAACUACCACAACGACCACAACAACGACAACAUGUAGCACAUCAACAUCGACUACAACGUCCACGACAACAACAACCACCACUACCACGACAACAACAACGACCACUACCACGACAACAACAACAACCACUACUACAACGACUACGACAACAACAACUACCACUACCACAACAACAACAACUACCACUACCACAACAACAACAACAACCACUACUACAACGACUACGACAACAACAACUACCACGACAACAACAACCACUACAACAACAACAACAACUACCACAACAACUACCACAACAACCACUACAACAACGACAACAUGUAGCACAUCAACAUCGACUACAACGACCACGACAACAACAACCACCACUACCACGACAACAACAACAACCACUACUACAACGACUACGACAACAACAACUACCACUACCACAACAACAACAACCACCACUACCACAACAACAACCACAACUACAACAACCACGACUACAACCACCACAACUACAACGACAACAACCACGACUACAACAACGACCACGACAACAACAACAACCACGACAACAACAACCACUACAACAACAACAACAACUACCACAACAACUACCACAACAACUACCACAACAACGACAACAUGUAGCACAUCAACAUCGACUACAACGACCACGACAACAACAACCACCACUACCACGACAACAACAACAACCACUACUACAACGACUACGACAACAACAACUACCACUACCACAACAACAACAACCACCACUACCACAACAACAACCACAACUACAACAACCACGACUACAACCACCACAACUACAACGACAACAACCACGACUACAACAACGACCACGACAACAACAACAACCACGACAACAACAACCACUACAACAACAACAACAACUACCACAACAACUACCACAACAACGACAACAUGUAGCACAUCAACAUCGACUACAACGACCACGACAACAACAACCACCACUACCACGACAACAACAACAACCACUACUACAACGACUACGACAACAACAACUACCACUACCACAACAACAACAACCACCACUACCACAACAACUACCACUACCACAACAACAACAACCACCACUACCACAACAACUACCACCACAACAACAACAACCACCACUACCACAACAACAAGUACCACGACAAAAACAACCACCACUACCACAACAACUACCACAACAACUACCACAACAACUACCACAACGACCACAACAACGACAACAUGUAGCACAUCAACAUCGACUACAACGACCACGACUACAACAACCACCACUACCACAACAACUACCACCACAACUACCACAACAACUACCACAACAACAACAACCACGACAACAACAACCACCACUACCACAACAACUACCACAACAACUACCACAACAACGACAACAUGUAGCACAUCAACAUCGACUACAACGACCACGACAACAACAUCGACUACAACGACCACGACAACAACAACCACCACGACAACAACAACGACCACUACCACAACAACCACCACAACAACUACCACUACAACGACCACCACAACUACAACGACCACAACAACUACAACGACCACGACAACUACAACAACCAGCACAACCACCACUACCACAACAACUACCACAACAACUACCACAACAACUACCACAACAACUACCACAACAACUACCACAACAACUACCACAACAACUACCACAACAACUACCACAACAACUACCACAACAACUACCACAACAACUACCACAACAACUACCACAACAACUACAACCACCACAACAACAACCACUACAACGACGACUACAACAACCAUCACCACGACAACAACAACAACAACCACUACAACGACAACUACAACAACAACCACUACAACAACCACAUGUAGUACAUCAACAUCGACUACGACCACAACAACAACAACCACUACAACGACAACCACUACCACGACAACAACAACAACAACCACUACAACGACAACUACAACAACCACAUGUAGUACAUCAACAGAAGCAACAACUCCCUGCGUCUCAACAGCAGAAGCAACAACUCCUUGCGUUUCAACAUCAGCAGCAACAACACCAUGCGAAGUAACCACGCAGGCCCCUUGUGCAUCAGGAUCUAAGGUUGCGAGCGCAUCGCAUAAGAAUCGUCAGCCCACUCGGCUUCGCCCCAACUUUCGCCCACUCCCAGAGGUGGCACAACUAGCUCAGAUGACUAAGGGAGCCACAGGCACAUCCAGUGACAUUCAUAUCCAAAUCGUAUGCGUUGGUAAACCAGAUGGUUUCCUAAUGGCUUCACCGGAGCGUUGCAAUGACUACUACAUUUGCCGUCACCAGCGGGCCCUGAAGGUUAGCUGCGGUGACAGAUACUUCAACGGACAGAAGGGCAUCUGUGAUCUGCCAGAGAAUACCGGAUGCGUUCAGUCCUAUCACACUGGAAAUUGGCCUUUUGUGAUUACAAUAUUAGUGACACAAAGAAUUAUAAUGUCUGCAGAUGGAUAUAGCUUCGGGCUUAAGUUCGCAACUAAGAUGAAUUGUGAAUAUCAAUUGGUUGACAAUUAUGAAUGCAAUGCCUACGUAUCAUGUCGCGAUGCUACAAUCGAGGUCAAGUACUGUUCAGCGGAUAUGGUCUUCAAUAGAAAACUACAGAUUUGUGACACUCCCGAAUCGGUGGAGUGCAUUGCCAGACCGAAUGUUUUAAAAGCUAACCGGGAAACUAAUCCAUGUCUCAAUCAAACACUAGGAGUUUCUUUUCCAAGUGAGAUUGAUUGCAAUCAAUACAUUUUAUGUUUGGGUAACGAUCUAUCUUAUGUUGCCAAUUGUCCCGUGGGAUCGUGGUACGAUCCGAAGAGUGGAAAUUGUGGACCGAACGUUUCGCCAACAGCAUGCCUUGAAUCCCAAACAACCAGUACCACUUCCACAACAACACUUAGUCCAAACGAACUUUGUGUUGAUGAAGAAAUUGGAGUGUCAUAUCCAUAUCCACCCGAUUGUCAAAAAUAUGUAGUGUGCUUGGGUAAUGACCAAGGAGCUAUAGUUAAUUGCAUUUACAACACCUGGUUUGAUCCUCUAACUAGCAACUGUGGACCAAAUGUAUCGCCAACAGCAUGUACCGAGGAUAUUAACACAGCAACAUCGCCCACAAGCACAACCGAGCAGACAAGUACUUUAAGUCCUAGCACAGUGCAGUCUACUACUCCAACUACAACCACCACAGAGUUGCCGCUUCCUGAAGAUAUUUGUGGUGGAUUGAAAAAUGGGGAAUAUGUAUCCUAUCCCGACAACUGCAGCAAAUAUGUUGUGUGUGUGGAGCCAAUUCCCUAUGCAUUUUACUGCACUCCCGGUUACUACUUCAGCGAGAAUCUUCAACAAUGCGUGGAUUGGGAGCUCAGUGACUGCCCAGCAACGCAGACGCCGGAAUAUACAACACCAGGCUCUACUACACCUUCGAUCUGCGAAAACAGCAAUGGAGGCACCUUACCAUAUCCAGAGAACUGUGCUUGGUUCGUACAAUGUAUCAAUGAUAAUGUCUACAUGAUGGGCGUCUGCAAUAGCGGAGAGUAUUACGAUCCAGGAACUGGUAAUUGUAGUGCCAGUGCAUCGCCAGAUGCCUGUCGUGAAUAUAACUCAACAACAACGUUAACAACACCGACCACAGUCCCACCAACAACAACAACCGAAACGGAAACCACAGUUUCGCCAACAACUACUAGCCAAGGGCCUACCACAGAUACGCCAACAACAAUUACUGAAUCUACAACUCCGACAACAACCAUAACAACUACUUUAUCAACAACAACAUCCACCACAAUUCCUACUACAACUUCUACUACAACAAAAACCACAUCUGCUCCAAUCGAUCCCUGCGAGGAUGUUCCUGUGGGCAAACUAGUGCCUUAUCCGUAUGACUGUACCAAAUUCGUCAGAUGCGAUUACCCUACACCAGUGAUACUCGAUUGUGUCGUGGGUCAAGAGUUCAGCGCCCAACUUGAACGCUGCAUGGCUCCUUGGAUUGCCAACUGCACAGCUAUUGAACCAUAACUAUUUAAAAAAAAA